UCUCUGGUCAUUGAGUUUCGUAUAACAAAACAGUAGCUUAGGGUUUGUUGUCUUUUGAAUGCAGCCGCCGUAUCAUCUUCUGUUUUUUUAGGGAAUUAGUAGUAACAAAUAUGCAUCAAUUGUUCUAGAGUUUGUGAAUUAAACAGAGGAGGUUGUCCUUUUUAAAUUGCAGUACUAGUAGUGUGUCAUCCUGAAUUUUUUCCCAGAAUGCCAAAGGAGAAAAGAGCCCCUUCACUCUCUUCCGAUCGGGUCGCUGCAUCUCCGUACCAUGGCAGCCCAAAGACCGACAACCAAAACGUAUCGAAAAACCAUGUGAAAUCAGUUGGGGAGGAAAGCAAUUGGGAAGAAACUAGAUGCCCGAUUUGCAUGGAGGCCCCUCACAAUGCCGUCCUCUUACUAUGCUCCAACAGCAAGAAAGGAUGCCGCCCUUACAUGUGCAACACCAGUAACCUCCACUCCAACUGCCUUGACCAGUUUCGUGCCUCGAAUCCAAUGCCUUUGUGCCCCCUGUGCCGAGGCCGAAUCAGUACUGAGUGGAUCGACGUAGAGCCUGCGCCUCGUGAGUUGAUGAAUUCCAUACCCAGGAAUUGUUCCGUCGAGGCUUGCGAAGUCAGCGGGACUUAUGCAGAACUGGAGAAGCAUGCCAGCACCGAACAUCCGUCAGUACAGGCGCGGUCAGUGGCAGACACCGUUCGCGGACAGCGUUUGCUGGCGUUGGAGAGCGAAAGAGACUUGCAGGACAUCCGCGUGAUUGAUUUAGAUGGAGAUUUUGAACCAAUUGUAGUGGAAGAAUCGGGCAGCUCUUGGCACGCGAACAGUGACGUAAUCCUGUCGUCCGUUUUCUUUGAGAUGUCUGUUCCAUCUGAUUCUUCACGUCAGGCUGCGUCUAAUAGUUCCGGAGUGAGUGGGCAAUCGCGUAACAGGAGAACCGCGAGGAUGAGGGCUGGUUAUUUUCCCCGGCACCAACUUGCAAGUAGAUAAACAGGGGACUUGGAAAAUCGAAGAUGGUCAGAUACAGAAUCACUUACGUCGAUGUUUUCCGGCUAUUAACAUAGGGUGGGACUCAUGGUUUUCAGGCUGGGAUAUAGUAGUUUAGUUCUACAACUGUUCAGUUUUUGAGAUGUAAUUAAUCCAUUCUUUUCUGGUUAGGUUUUCUUGGUUUAGUUUCAUCUGGGUGUUUAAUUUGCCUAUAUAUACCAUUAGUUUUUCACUAAUCUUUCCGGCUAUUAAGCAGGUUGGGAUGUAGUUGUACAAUUGUUUAUUGAUGUAAUUAUAGUACACUAUUAUUUUCUGGGUUAUAAUAAUUAAUUCCAUAUUCAACUUGUUUGUUUUCUCCUCUUUUGUUUUGAAUUGUUUUUUAGCACAAGAACAUUGUACACUAUGAUUACCGGAACUAAAAAAAAAACCCUUAUUUUUUAAGAAGACAAUCUCAAGCUAAAAAAUAAGGAGUUUAUUGAAAUUUAAAAAUAUGCACUAUGAAUCUUGUUUGAACGAUGCAAAAAAAAUUGAAAAAUUAUUUUUUAUUUACAUUAUUUUUGAAUUUGAAAAUAUAAAAUAAAUUGUAUAUAUUUUAAAAAGAUUUCUGGAACGGACCUCAAUCAGUUGUGACUCUUGUUUUGUACUUCCAAUAGAAGGGCUUGGGGCCCAUUUCACCUUUUUCACUGCACGUCCUUUCAGCAAAUUUGCAUUAUCCCCAAACAAAUGAACUUCUAUUAUUACUUCUUCCAUCUAAUUAACUUCUAUUAUUAAUAUUAAAAAUAUGUACCCUCAAACAAAUGAAUUUGUUACAACUUGCCCUACUUAACAGAUCACAUGCUAAUUCAUAUUACAGAAACCACAACUAAACCCUCACUACAUAAAAAGGAGGAAGACUGGGAA